AUGCCUAAUGGUGUAAGAGCAAACAAGAAAGAUGCAAAUGUUAUUGAGAUUGGCAGGCCUUUCAGUCCUGCCAUGUUUGGAAGUGUUCUGAAAAAAUUUACUCCUCAUGUAUCUAGUACCAUCUCAGGGAGGCCAAGCACAACCAAGGUGUUUGUGAAAAUGCCCCACAGAAACUCUUCCAACAAAGAGCCGUCCUCCAUCAUUCUCCGAAGAUCUCCGAGGUUUCUCCAAUCAAAUCAAACCGAUCCCAAAGGUUGUCAGACUCCUAAAGCCGAACCAAAGGGUAUUCGGUUCCCUUAUUUGGAUCCUCCUUUUCUCAGCUCAACACCGAAGGUUUUUUCGAAGAAAACUCCCAGGUAUAACCAAGUAGAAAUUUCAAACAAGUCGAUUGAAUCAGAUAAAGGGUCAAAAAUUUCUGGGAUACUGAAUACUGGGCGGAGAAGAUCUACGAGACUGAGUGCUGGGAUUGAGGGAUUUAGUUGUCUCAGACGGUCUUCAAGAUUUUCUGAGAAAGGCAAUAUUGCUGGAUGUAUCGAAAAGAUUGGUCCUGAUAAGUCCAAGCAAGAUGCUUCAUCAGAUGUGAGUAAAUCUGGAAUGAGCAUCCACUCGCAUAGGCAAUUUACGGGUGGUAUUGAAAAAAGGGUGACACGUAGUUCUAAACGGGGAAAAAACAAUGAAUAUGCUGGGGCAAUUGACAGUGGUAAGUGUAAUGGAUUUAGUGAUGAAUCAGAUAAAAACAGAGCUAAAGUGGGUGUCAUACCAUUGAAACAUAAAGCGAAACUCGGUGCCAAUUUGUCCAAACAACUUACGGGUAAGUCGAAAAAGAGAUUGACUCGUAGGUCUUACGGGGAAGACAAUGAAAAUAAUGGAAGAGAACAGGUUGGGGUUAAGAGGAAGAGAAAUGAAUUUGAGGAAAGUAAUGGGACUGUUAAAGGGUGGACUCUGGAUCAAGAAUUGACAUUGCAGAGAGCUUAUUUUGCAGUGAAGCCCACACCCCACUUCUGGACGAAAGUUGCUAGACUGGUGCCAGGAAAAUCUGCACAGGACUGUUUCGAUAAAAUCCAUUCUGAUCAUUUGACCGCACUUCAACCUCGUUCAAGGACAAAAAAAACAAAGUCAUCAUCCCUCUCUCCCUCUGCAAGUAAAUUGCUUGAUUGUACAGAGUAUAAGAUUAAAAAGGCGAGGUACAGUAAGUGGAAAAUUCAUCUUGCACAGAAAACAGUGAGAGAACUACUACAAAAGCAGUGUCAGUCGAACCAAGAUUAUGAAGCAGACCUCUUCUCUGUUCUUGAGCCCACAAUAAAUCCAUCUGUUGGAGUUUUUCAGCAGGGUAUAGCACUUUGCACCCCAGAACGUGACCUACAGAAACCUGGACUUAAACGAUGCCAAGGGAGAUCUUCUUCAGCCCAUAAGAAGCACCUCUCAAGGUUCAGUGGGUCAAGUGGAGCCACUCUUGUCAGUCCCCCAAUUUUGAAGCAGAUUAAGAACAAGGCCUUGCAUGAGAAGUAUAUUGACCUUUUACAUUGCAGGGAAGCUAAAAGAAAAGCUGCAGUUGCAAGGGCAGCAAAAUCUCAAGGACAAGAAAAUAGAAAUGAAAGUCAUGUUCAGAAAAUGGAUGCAACUAAAGCUGCAAAAAAUGCUCUUGUUUUUGAUGCUACAGAUGCGAUUAAUCAAUUCCGACAUUUGCAGGCCAACACCAUUAGCAACUUCCUUGACUCUGAUCACGAUGAGAUUGAUGAUGAUGAGGAUGAAGGUGAGGACUAACCUUCAUAAAAUGUAGGACUAUAUGUUCAGAAUUAGCUGUGCAUUAUUCUACUAGAAUUGCAUCUGUAGAUGCCGACUAUGGGUCCUGUAGUCCAGUAAUGACGUACUUUUAAGAAUACUGACUCUGUAAAAUCCUACUUUCUGUGCAGUGU